ACCAGCUCACUUGCCCUGUGGCGCUUCGGGCCCAGGCGGUAGAGACCCCCAGGCCGUCGGUCCCGGGGGAGCAGGGCGGGCGGGUCCCGAGGGCCGGCAUGGGGCUCGGGGGGGCCCCGCGUCCGGGCCUGUGGCUGGCCCUGUGGCUGUCGGCGCUCUGCCCCGGGCCCGGGGCCCAGGACCUCCGCUGGGACCAGCAGUACUUCCCGGCCGCCGCCCCCCGCGUCCCCGUCAUCGCCGGGGGCACCUGCGAGGUCAUCGCCGCUCACCGCUGCUGCAACCGCAACCGCAUCGAGGAGCGCUCCCAGACCGUGCAGUGCUCCUGCCUCCCGGGAAAGGUGGCCGGCACCACCCGCGCCCGGCCCUCCUGCGUGGACGCCUCCAUCGUCACCGGGAAGUGGUGGUGUGAGAUGGAACCGUGUCUGGACGGCGAGGAGUGCAAGACGCUGCCGGAUAACUCGGGCUGGAUGUGCCUGCUGGGCAACCGGGUCAAGACCACCAAGAUCCACCCCAGAUACUGAGAUUGGAACCGAAGUCGCCCCCGGCCCCGCGAGACCUCGAGGAGCUUCUCUCCCUGGAAAGGACCGGGGGUCACCCCACGCCGGGCCCCCGGGGCACCUCACCCCCUGCCUCCGGCCCCUUCCCCCACCCUCCCGGGCGAGGCAGCGGAGGUCGAGGGCUUGGAGUUUUGUUCCCGGGGGGGGGCAAGGCGGAAAGUGGGGAUGACGGGCCUCUCCUUCAGAGAAGCAUCGCGGCUCGGUGGAAGGAGCCCUGGCUGGGGAGUCGGAAGCCACGGGUUCGAAUCCCCGCUCUGCCACUUGCCCGC